CGACCAAUCGCGUUGAACAAAGGGCGGGGCUUGGGCUUCGGCUCCGGUUAGCUUAUAAAAGCCGCGUCUCGCCGCCCCUACCAGUAUUGAAGACGGACGACGUGAGAGCAAGAACUCCACCUGCGACGUGAGAACAGACCAGAACGUUCGUAAGAAAUGGCUCGUACCAAGCAGACCGCUCGUAAAUCCACCGGAGGAAAAGCUCCCAGAAAGCAGCUGGCGACCAAAGCAGCCAGGAAGAGUGCGCCCUCUACCGGCGGCGUCAAGAAACCGCACAGAUACAGGCCUGGUACUGUUGCUCUGCGUGAGAUCCGUCGGUACCAGAAGUCCACUGAGCUUCUCAUCAGGAAGCUGCCGUUCCAACGCCUCGUCAGGGAAAUCGCUCAGGACUUCAAGACCGACCUGCGUUUCCAGAGCGCCGCUAUCGGAGCACUGCAGGAGGCCAGCGAGGCUUACCUGGUCGGCCUGUUUGAGGACACCAACCUGUGCGCCAUCCACGCCAAGAGAGUCACCAUCAUGCCCAAAGACAUUCAGCUGGCCCGGCGAAUCAGAGGCGAGCGCGCGUAGACGGGCCGGUCGAACCUUUUUACUGGGUGGGGGGGGCGACGUUUUGUAAAUUUCAAUUUAACAGCAUGUGUGGUUUUUAUUUGUAGUUUGAGGCGUGUUUUUGUACUCCACCGACGUCUGUACAACGCUCAAUGUUUGCUAACGUGUUAGUCUGACCCUUUGCUAUCCUGUCUGCAUGUGAUGGGAUUUUCUUGUGCUGUAAAUAAACUUUCUGCUACCUCA